UUGGAGGCGCAAAAAUGAAUGAAUCACCAACAAUCUGACUUGCAAAUUUUCGAAAAAAUUGAUCACGUGACUUUUAUUAUGAUCGGUUUACGUAACACAAGUCGACUUGAUUAAUUAUCAAAAUAGGUUGUCAAUGUCACAUUUUCUAACCUCAUUUCAAAAGAAAACUAUUUUUAUUUACACUGUGUAAGUAGGUAAAUAAGAUAAAACAAUCUUAAAAUAAGGUGGUUCCGGAUGAUUUACUUAAGUACUUUAUCGCUUUUUUUGUUUUUCCAUUCUAUGCACGUGUCUAACGAAUUUUCUAAUGUCUCUCCGAAUUUUUUUAUUAGGGAAAAGAAAAUUUUCCACAUUUCCCAGUAAGAUAAUGAGGCCGAAUAAAAAUCAAGAUUACGAUGCUUGUAUUGUGGCUUUAAAUAAGUUACAAACUAACGCGCAAUAUAUUAAAGCAAAAACAGUGACGAAUAAUCACAACGGAGAUCAACUUACUCAAGUAAAAAAAUAUCUCGCAAGGGCUGGGCUAUCUCUGGAAAAUCUGGACGACUUAUCGGUCAUACAUGUCGCUGGGACGAAAGGCAAAGGCACCACAUGUGCCUUCUCUGAACGCAUUUUGCGGGAACACGGCUACAAAACAGGCUUUUUCUCAUCGCCCCAUUUGAUUGAAGUCAGAGAAAGGAUCAGGAUAAACGGCAAACCGAUCUCAAAACCCGACUUUGUGAAGUCAUUCUGGAGAAUUUACAACGCCCUAGACCAUAAAAAGAAUGACGAGCAUGACAUGCCCCUCUUCUUCCGGUUCUUGACGAUAAUGGCAUUCAGCGUUUUCCUGGAAAGCAAAGUCGACGUUGCGAUUAUCGAAGUCGGAAUUGGGGGCGAAUACGACUGCACUAAUGUCCUCAGGAAAGUCCCUGUUGUCGGUAUUACAUCGCUCGGUAUAGACCACGUGAGUUUACUAGGGUCGACGAUUGAGUCAAUAGCGUGGAAUAAAGCCGGGAUUAUGAAAGAAAAUUGCAGGGCCUUCACUGUACCCCAAUGUGGGACCGCGAUGGCAGUGUUACAAGAACGCAGUAUUGAAAAAAAAUGUCAACUUGAAAUUGUCGAUAAUUUACAGUUCAAAUUCCCACCAAAUAAAUCCUCACACCCGCCACAUAUUUUAAAUUUAAACGCCAGUCUUGCCGUCGCUCUUUGUAACGCAUGGUUAUCACAAAGUAACUCCCCUUAUCACAAUCCAAAAUACUCACAUUGUUUUACAGGAAAUAACAAUAAUCUAGGGUCUGUUAUGUCAAAAGAAAUCACAGAAAAGGCCCUAUUUAGUACCACCUGGCCUGGCCGGUUUCAUGUCAAACACGACAGGAACAUAUCGUUUUACCUAGAUGGCGCACACACACUUGAAAGCAUCACUAUUUGUUCCAAUUGGUUCAAAGACAUUACCAAAAGUUCGAAAAAGAAGAAAGCUUUAAUGUUUAAUGUUACUGGUGAUAGGUGCGCUGAAAACUUACUAAAACAGUUGCAAACUUGUCACUUUGAUGCUGUUUUGUUUGUUAGUAAUAGUGCGACAAGGUGUAGGCCUGAUAACAGUAAUCACGCUUCUUCAGAUGAGUUGUUGGAGAAGUGUCAUCAACAUAAAAAGCUUUGGUUAAAGUUGGAAGAAGAAAAUUUGAGGACAAACCAGAUUUGUAAAGCUUUUUUGACAGUUGAUGAAGCUUUGGAUUUUCUGAUAAAUCAGGACCAGUUUGAUUUGUUAAUCACAGGUUCCAUCCACUUGGUUGGUAGCGUUUUAAGUUUAAUCGAUCCUAAUUUAAACGAUUAGGGAAAAUUCUAGCAAGAUAUAUGUUUAUCUUACUUGUUUAAACAACUCAAUUAAUAAGAAAACACUGAUAACAUUUUUCUUUAUUAUCUUUAAAAAAAUAUGUAUACAGAGAUCACUUCCAAGGAUUGUAAAUAUCGUUUAGUCUAGUGAAUUACUGUUUUUAAUUACAAUAAAAACAUACACUUUC